AUGAUGAUGUAUGGGGGAGAGCAAGAUCAACCGCUACAUCAGUAUACACCGAUUGUUCCUUUUGUUCUUCAAGGCCAAGAUGUAGGAUUUGAGGCGACGAUGCAUAGCAACCACAACAACAACAACAACUUCAUGAUGGUGUUUGAGGGAGAACAAAAUCAACAACAACAACAUCAUGGUGUCCAUUUAGGUUUCCAGGGCUUGGAAAAUUGGUUAAUGUUAGACAUGAAUGUAGACGAUUACUUUAACAUCGAUGGAGUCUUGAAUACGGAAGGUGGCACCACUCAAGAACACGGACAAGAAGAAGAAGCGCAAGAACAACCGCAGCAACUGACUCCUCUACCUUAA